AUGAGGAUUACGAUAGUGUUAGUAGUGUGGCUUCUUUUCUUGCUUACCACCACUGCUCAUGUACGGUGUGAUGAUGGUGAUCAACAAGGCAGUCAGUGCAUAGAGAAGGAGAAAGAGGCUCUCCUCAGCUUUAAGAGAGUUGCUGAUCCAGGUAACCUUCUCUCUAGGGCAACUAAUAGUUCCAACCAAAACUGUUGUAACUGGGAAGAAAUCACUUGUGAUAACCAAACCAAUCAUGUCGUUGCUAUUAAUUAUCAUGGUCUUGGUGGUGAGAUUGGUUGCUCCUUGGUUGAGUUGCACUACUUGAAUUACUUGAGUCUAUCUUACAAUAACUUUACUCGAAUUCCCAAGUGUAUUGGUUCUUUCAAACUUCUCACGGAUCUUGACCUUUCAGGUAAUCCAAUUAGUGGUGUUAUUCCCUCUGAGCUUGGAAAUCUGACCAAAUUGCAGUAUCUUCAACUUUCUUAUAAUGAUAGUAUAUAUGUUGAUAGUCUUGAGUGGCUCUCUCGUCUCACUUCUUUGAAGACCUUUGCAUUGCAUGAGGCCAAUUUUACUAAAGCAGGGCUUCAAUCAUUUAGAGUGCCACCUUUCUUAUCAGACUUGGACCUAUCACAUUGUCUACUUCCCAAAGUAGAUCUUUCAUCUCUUUCCCCUUCGAAUUAUUCGUCUAAUUUUCUAAAAACUCUCACACUUUCUUCUAAUUCAAUACAUCCCACUGCAAUUACUUGGUUUUUAAACUCAAGUAAUAAUCUUUUUGAACUUACUAUAUCAAAUAACAUCAUAGAUGGUUUAUUUCCAGAUUCCAUUAGAGGAAAAAAAUCUUUGUCAGGAGUUGAUUUGUCUAGAAACACAGCUGAACUUGAAAAUGGAGUACUAAAGUCCUUGGGGAAUCUUUCCAACAUGCAGAUCUUAGAUUUAUCUGAAAACAACCUUAGUGGUACCUUCUUACAUAAUGUUUUAGAAAAUCUAGCAGGUUCUGCCAAGAAUUCAUUAGACACUUUAUGGUUAAAUGACAACCAACUUAGUGGGUCAAUUCUUGAGGAUGCUGAAAACACAUUCCCAUCUCUGAAAGAGCUAUUUCUUCAUAAUAAUCGGUUGGAAGGUACUUUUCCUAGCCACUUGAGUCGAUUUCCAAGUCUUGAAACAUUGCGUUUGUAUAACAACCAACUCACAGGACCAUUACCUGAUCUUUCAACAAUGCCAAACUUGACAGAAUUUGAUGCAGCUAACAAUAGGUUUAAUGGUACUUCAACUGAGAGUAUUAUUGGUGGACUAUCUCAUCUUGAGUUUUUAGAUGUCUCUUCAAACUCUCUUGUUGGGGUUAUCUCGGAAGUGAACCUAAUUAAGUAUCCCAAAUUGGUGAGUCUAUCUUUUUCUUAUAACUCAGCUUUGAAAUUGAAAUUCAACUCCAAUUGGGUUCCUAUUCAGUUGCAAACCAUAGAACUCGCAUCUUGCAAGUUAGGUCCACAAUUUCCUAGUUGGCUACAAACUCAAUCACAACUCUCCUAUCUUGACAUUUCAGAUAGUGAUAUUUCUAGUGUUGUUCCCAAUUGGUUCAGUAAUAUAUCAUCCGAGUUGUCGUACUUAAAUAUGUCUUUCAAUCUUCUUUAUAGUACCUUGCCACAUUUUCCAUUGUUCCCAAUGGGUACAGAAGUUGAUUUGAGUUUCAAUCAAUUCCAUGGUUCUAUUCCAUCUUCUCUCUCCAAUGCAUCCUAUUUAUUUCUCUCCCAUAAUAAUUUCACUAGUUGCAGCUUCUUUCUAUGUGAAGCAAAAGAUGCGGCAACAGUAAUUCUUGGCAUGUCCAAUAAUCAAUUAUUCGGAAGCCUUCCUGAUUGUUGGGGGAAUUUCAGCAGUAGUCUAGGUUUUCUGAAGUUAGAUUACAAUGACUUCUCAAGAGAGAUCCCAAGUUCCAUUGGAAGUUUGACAAAUAUUGUAUCUCUACAAAUGGGGAACAAUAACUUUUCAGGAGCUUUGCCUUCAACAUUGGAGAACUGUACUGAUCUGCAAGCUUUGGAUUUUGGAUGGAAUAGUUUGGAAGGAACAAUACCGUCAUGGAUUGGUGAAAGAUUUACAUCAUUAGUUUUUCUUAAUCUGAAAUCAAAUAAAUUUGUUGGAAACAUACCAUUGAAUCUCUGUCAUCUUUCUUAUAUCCAAAUAUUGGAUCUCUCCUCAAAUGGUUUAAGUGGUGUUAUUCCUUCAUGCCUUGCCAAUUUCACAUCAAUGCUCCACUCAGAUUAUACAUAUACAGAGAUUUCGGUAAAGGGACCUGCUUUACUUGGAGACCCAAGUCUUUCAUCACACAUUAUUUGGAAAGGAGUAGAAUAUGAAUAUCAAAGUAUUCUUGGUUUGUUAAGACUUAUUGAUCUAUCGAGUAAUAAAUUGACUGGAGAGAUUCCAGCUGAACUGACGCGUCUUGUGGAGUUGACUCAGUUAAACCUAUCACGAAACGAGUUGAGUGGACACAUUCCUGAAAAGAUUGGGAACUUGGGAAAGUUAGAAUCUUUGGACUUGUCUCAUAACAAGCUUUCCGGUAAAAUUCCCAAAAGCUUGGCGGAAUUAUCUCUUCUGGAUUAUUUGGAUUUGUCAAACAACCAGUUGUCAGGAAAAAUCCCUACAAGCACUCAACUACAAAGUUUCAAUGCUUUUGCAUAUACCAUGAACCAUGGACUCUAUGGGCCUCCUCUAACCGAUUGGCAUGAAAGUGGAACUUCACCAGAUGGUUUUUUGGCUUCAACUCAUGAUCAAGAAGAUGAAACAUGGUUUAACUUGUCGUGGUUUUACAAAGGGAUUGGAGUUGGAUUCACCAUUGGAUUUUGUGGAGUUUGUAUCAAUUUUGUGAUAAUAAACUAUUAUUGGAGAAAUUCUUACUUUAUGUUCAUGCAUAGCGUAAGAAAUAUUCUAUCAAAUGGACUGUUGAGGAGAAAGCUAGCUUGGAUGGACAGACUUGGUGCUAUACCUUCUUGCUUUGCAAAUUUCACAUCAAUGGUCCAGAACACUGGCCAUACAAGCCCCAACAUUUUGAUAACAUAUGGACCUAACUACAUGGGAGAGUAUCAAAGUCUUGCAUCACGGGUUAUUUGGAAAGGAAUAGAGUAUGAAUAUAAGAGUAUUCUUGGUUUGCUAAGACUGAUUGAUCUAUCGAGUAAUGAAUUGGCUGGAGAGAUACCUGUUGACAUGACUCGUCUUUUGGAAUUGACUCAGUUAAACCUAUCACAAAACGAGUUGAGUGGAAACAUUCCUAAAGAGAUUGGGAGCUUGACUAAGUUAGAGUCUUUGGAUUUGUCCCAUAACAAGCUUUCUGGUGCAAUUCCCAUCAGCUUGGCACAAGUGUCUCUUCUGAAUCAUUUGGAUUUGUCAAACAAUCGAUUGUCUGGAAAAAUUCCCACAAGCACUCAACUACAAAGUUUCCAUGCUUCUACAUAUACCAUGAACCAUGGACUCUGCGGACCUCCUCUGACAAGUUCAUGUCAUGAAGAUGGAACUUUGGCCUCAGCUCAUGAUAAAGAAGAUGAAACGUGGUUUGAGUUGUCAUGGUUUUAUAAAGGAAUUAGAGUUGGAUUCACUAUAGGAUUUUAUGGAGUUUGUGUCAAGUUAGUGAUGAUAAAGCAUUUCAUGCAUAGCCUAAGAAAUAUGCUAUCAAAGGCAUUGUGCUGA